AUGAGACUCAGCACCCUACAAGAAAAAGUCUGGAGCUGUUGUCCAAAGGGGUGGAAGUCACUUAGUUCCAAAUGCUACUUUAUUUCUCCUGAAUCAAGAUAUUGGAACGAAAGUCAGAAGAACUGCUCUGGAAUGCAGGCUCACUUGCUGGUGAUCAACACCAAGGAAGAGCAGGAUUUCAUCACACAAAAUCUGAAUGAACAGUUUGCUUAUUUUGUGGGGUUGUCAAAACCAGAGAGUCAGAGAUCUUGGCAGUGGGUCGAUCAGACACCGUACAAUGAGAGUGCCGCAUUCUGGCAUACAGGUGAGCCAAAUAAUCCCAAAGAGCGUUGUGUUACGAUAAAUUCUCGCAAGCCACCUUCAGCAUGGGGCUGGAAUGACGCUCCUUGUGAUCAUCCUCUAAAGUCUGUUUGUGAGAUGAUGAAGAUCUACUUAUGAAUCAAACAUUCUU